GGGCUUUGAAUGGAGAGUCUGGGUUUGGCCCGAGGAAGCGUCUCAGUGAGGGUGAAGGGAGGCUUCAGAUACAGAGCGGGAUUUUCAGAAGGAGAUCCCUGGGCUCAUAAUGGGCCUCAGAUAGGCUUACUCCUAGAUGUAGGAGAGUAUGAUUGAAAAAACGAGGCCCCUCUAUUUGAAAUGUUUCGACGAUCAGGUUGGGAGAUGUCACUCUAUCUCACUUUCCCCGUGGUUAUGUUCUGGAUCUCCAAUCAGGCAGAGUGGUUUGAGGACUCUGUUAUCCAGCGAAAGAGGGAGCUGUGGCCACGAGAGAAGGAGGGUCAGCGCCAGGAACUAGAAGAAUUCAAACAGAAGAUCCGGAAGCAGAGGGAAGAGAGACUUCUUAAAGCUGCUCAGCAGAACCCCUGAGACCUCCAAGUCCUCAAGUCCCAGCCCCUCCACCCAGGAAAUAACACACACUCAAUUCUUUGUUAAUAGUGCCAAGUGUUUUAUUGUUCUUUUCAGGGGCCAGUCUGGGGCCCAGGAUGACUAGAACUCUCAAGGAGCUUGUGUCUGGGGUUGGGGGCUGCUGUUCCUGCGGAAGCUGAGUGCAGCAGGGUCCUGAGGGGUGAGCAGGGGUUGAGGGCUGAGGGUCCCAGGUCGUUUCUGCAUUCCAUCCUGCAGAUGAAGAAGGGUCAGAAAUAGGGAGGGGACCAAGAAAGUGCAAGCCAGAGAGGUGCCUCCACACAACAUUUCUUUUUGUCUGCCAAUCAGGGUGGUAUUUGAUGACAUGGUUAGCUCCCAGUGGGGUCUUGAUCAGAACCUGGGCUGUUGGUUUACACCUGUAAUCCCAGCACUCAAGAAGAGGAUGGAGAAUUAUCUCAGGGUCAAAGCCACCUGGUCUACACAAAAAGUUCCAGGUUCAUAACCCUGACUCAAAAACAAACAAAUAAAUGGGCUGAGGAGAUAACUCAGUCAUUAAAAUC